AUGGCUGCCGCCGCCCAAGACUUCUCCUCGGCGACGCCCUCCGUGGCAAAAGCCGACAUCUUCCACCCCCUAUGCCCUUUGACGGGCGCCGAGAUCACCACGACCGCGAACCUGGUCCGAUCGGUCUGGCCGUCCAACGUCGAUCUGCGUUUCAAGGUCGUCACCCUCGAUGAGCCGCCCAAGAAGCAGAUGGUUUCUUAUCUGGAGGCCGAACAUAGUGGGGCGCCGCUGCCUCAGAUCCCGCGGAAGGCUUUUGUGUCCUAUUACAUUCGCAACACGGACCGCUUCCAUGAAGCCGUCGUCAACCUCUCCGCCGGCAAGGUCGAAAGCAAUGUCCGCUUGGGCCCCAACGUGCACGGCAAUGGAGACUAUGACGAGAUCUUGCAAGUGGAGAAAGCCGCGUUGGAAGACGAGGGCGUCAAGGCUGCUCUCGCCAAAUUGAAACUGCCAGAAGGCACUGCCAUCACUGCCGAUCCAUGGAUUUAUGGCUCCGAUGGCGUCAACGACGACGAAAGACUCUUCCAAGUCUUCAUGUACAUGCGUGACCCUGCCAACCCCGGCGAAUUGGACUCGAACCACUAUGCCUUCCCACUGCCCUUCUCACCCGUGGUUGAAUGCAACACGUUCAAAGUUAUCCGGCUCGACUAUCUGCCCACGGGCGCGGACAACACGAUCCACGAGCUCCGGCCGUACGAACCGGUCCCGCCCAACGAAUACCUCCCGGAAGCGCAACCAUCGCUUCGCAAAGACCUCAAGCCUCUGCGCGUGCUGCAGCCGGAAGGAGCGUCGUUCACGCUGACCCCAGCCGGCGAGACGGGUCAUGUGGUCGAAUGGCAAAAGUGGUCGUUCCGCGUCGGCUACAACCAACGCGAGGGCAUGGUUCUGUACGACGUGCGCUACGACACGCGGCCUCUGUUCUACCGACUGUCCCUGUCGGACAUGAACAUCCCGUACGCGGACCCACGGCACCCGUUCCACAAGAAGGCCGCCUACGACCUGGGCGACGCCGGCGCGGGCGCCAUGGCCAACAACCUCAAACUGGGCUGCGACUGUCUCGGACACAUCCAGUACCUGACGGCGGUGAUUACGGACGACAAAGGCCUCCCCGUGCCGCUGGAGAACUGCGUGUGCGUGCACGAACAAGACGCCGGGAUCGGGUGGAAACACACCAACUACCGCACGGGGCGGGCGGCCGUGGUGCGCAACCGCGAGCUCGUGCUGCAGAGCAUCAUCACCGUGUCCAACUACGAAUACAUCCUGGCGUUCAUGUUCAACCAAGCCGGAGAAGUGAUCUACGAGGUACGCGCCACGGGGAUCCUGUCGACGCAGCCGAUCGACCACGAGCUCGACAAGGUCGGCGUGCCCUUCGGCACGGUCGUGCACCCGGGCGUGCUGGCGGCGCACCACCAGCACAUUUUCUCGCUGCGCAUCGACCCCAUGCUCGAGGGCCACGCGAACCGGCUGGUCUACGACGAGGCGCACGCCAUGCCGCUCGACAAGGACUGGAACCCGCACGGCGUCGGGUACACGGUGGCGGAGACGGUCGUCGAGCGCGCCGGCGGCCUGGAUCUCAACGCCGACGCAAACCGCACCUUCAAGAUCCAGAACCCGGCCGUGCGCAACCCAGUCAACGGCAAGCCCGUCGCCUACAAGAUCCACGCCCCGCCGUUCCAGAAGCUGCUGGCCCAUCCGUCCUCGUACCACUUUAAGCGCGCCGAGUUCGCCGACCACAACAUCUACGUCACCACCCACCGCGACCGCGAACUCUACGCCGGCGGAUGGUAUACCAACCAGUCGCGCGGCGGGACCGGCGUGCGCAGCUUCGCCGCCCGCAACGACAGCGUCAAGGACACCGACAUCGUCGUCUGGGUCCAGUUCGGCAUCAACCAUGUCCCCCGCAUCGAGGAUUUCCCCGUCAUGCCCUGCGAGAUCCUCAAGGUCAGCUUGAAACCCGUCAACUUCUUCGAUCGCAACCCGGCCCUCGACGUCCCCCCGUCCGAGCAGAGCUUCAACCAGUCCACCCUGGCCACCAACAUGCAUCAUCAACCCGCGCUGGAGGCCACCGUCGGCAAGGAUGGCGCUUGCUGUGGGCCGGCCGAGCAGCCGGGCAAGAGUAGAUUGUGA